AUGACCCGAUAUUUAACGCCCCAAAAGAUCAGUCUCCUGGUGCUCAUUUCCCUCUACUGUGACUCUACAGUACCGAAUUCCACGUCUCUACCGCUUCUGUCCUUCAUCUCCUCACAGAUUCUCUCCCCAGUUACUUCAGACUUCCAAAAUCUUUCCUCUAGUGGCUCAGCAAGCAUUCAAACAACAAUUAAGGGCUUUCAAGAUGUUACUGCUGGACUCGCGUCCAAUAUCCCAGGACGAACACUGUCGGAUCUUUUUGUCAAGAAGCUAUGGUCGAUCAACUCCCUUGACGCACUGCACACCUUCUUUGAGAACCUGCACAACCUCCUUGCCUCACCAAAGGGUGAAGCGUCAGAAGGUACAGGUCUCGAGCAGAAGGAUCGCAUAGCUCUGUCACGCACGUCACUGCUUGGGGCUUUCGUGCGCCGAUCACAGCUCGAGUUCACACGGUUGCAGCUUGACGACACUAUCAGGCUGUGGGCUGACUUCCUGACUUACAAAAAGUCGACCGAACCAGCCUGGAGGCGGCGGAAUCAGUCCGCUGGUCCCGUUAGCUUCGACGUCAACGUACAGGAGCUGGGCCUGCAUGAGGGGUCUCCUCUUAUGGACGUGGCUUAUGGCUGCCUUACGGAGAACAGGCAACCUGGACCCAACUUCAGCGCCCAUGACAUGGAGGAGUUGCUCAAGUUCCAAGUUGAGAGCCUGCAGAAGCUCGGGAACAGAGUAUCAGACGAGAUGAAAGCCAACCUCCGCAAGAUGAGCGGACAUGGGACCUCCACGCCGAGUCUGCUACACUUCCUCAGUUUCCUGGAUGCCUGGCGCGCCGGCGACUACACCUCCUCCUUCGACAACCUUCAUCGCUAUUUCGACUACACGAUGCAAACGGGUGACAAGACAUACUACCAAUACGCCCUGCUGCACAUGGCGAUGCUUCAGGCAGAUUUCGGGUCUUAUAGUGGAGCUAUCGCUGCAGCGCACGAAACCAUAGCUACGGCCAGAGAGAACCAGGACAUGAGCUGUCUGAACUUCAGCCUGAGCUGGCUCAACCAUCUCAGCAACGCGUAUCCCACACAACUGAAAGCCGCGGGCUACUCGCCAGCGCCUGGCUCGAAGAAGGACGCGGUGGCUUUUCUGAAGGCGAGGGCAAAGGACGGCAAGAUGUGGAGUCUCCUCAGCUCUACCUUGCUGAAUGAGGCCAAGCUGAGCCUGGCAAACGGUGACGGCGUGUCACGCGCUUCGGAACUGCUCCUUCAGGCCGCCUCUUUGAAUGCCAACAAGAGUCUCUCCAGCACUGUACCGGCACAGAUGCUGCUUCAGUCUUCGUUGGCUCAACGAUUGGGGUUCGCCAACCUCUCGAGUGUUUACUGCGAUUUGUUACUCCAAUGCUAUCGCGACUCAUCCCCGUCUGACGACAUCGUGCGGGCCAUCUGCCGCUGCGCCUUCAAGAACGUCCAAGCAGGCAACUACAAAGCCGCCCAAACCCUCCUCGACAACAUCGACCCAGGCACACACCGCACACUCAAGCUCCACCAAUACAUAACCACCUGCUCCCGUCUCGCUCACCUAACCCACUCAAUCCGGCAAUGCGACAACGACACCUCCCUCCCCCUCCUCCGCCGCCUCCUCGCCGCCGCCCCCUCCGACCCAGAGCUCGCCCACCACCUCCACCUCCUCGAAAUCGAGCACCUGCUCCGCACCUCUUCCUUCGAGGCCGCUCUCACCAAGAUCGAAGACCUGGCCGCAGAACUGCGCGCCAACGACGGCGAUCUGGCGCAGCGCCUCCACUGUCUGCGGCUCAAAGCCGACCUCUUCAUCGCGUGCGGGCAUCCCGUGAGAGGAUUCUCGAUCGCCAUGCGCGCGGCGAGCGCGGCGUAUCGUGCACGCAUACUGCCGGCGCUGUGGGCGGCGCUGGGGAGCGUCGGCGCGUGUCUUGUUGCGCUAGAGGAGUUUGGGGCGGUGGCGGAGAUUCUGGAGGCGGUGGUGCCGCAGGCGCUCGAAGGCGGGGACGAGGCGCUCGUGGCGCGGUUGUAUGCGCUGCAGGCGGAUGCGUGGAUGGGGCUUGCGGGCCAAGCCAUGACGGAGCAGGAGCCUCGACGGGUGACGGUGUUGGUGGCGAGGGCGGACGUGUGUGUCGAGCGGGCGCUGGAACGCUACGAACGCAUCGACGACACGGACGGCUGGCGCGACAUGCUGCUGAGGAAGGCCGUCAUUGCGCGGCUCGGAGGGGAGGAGGCCGCGGCGGAGGACUGGGCGGCGCGGUACUUGGAGGUGGGCAGGGGGGAUGGCAUAGUUGCGAGAUGA